UGAGCCUGCUGCCCCUGCCCAAGCUCAGAGGACCAGGAGGAUGGGCCUCCUUGCUGCUCUCCCAGAUGUGGGUCACAGCCUAGGAUGCGCCCCCACAGUGCCUGACACCCACAAGUGGGUGGAGCUGGUGCUGCAGUGGUGGGAGGAGCCCUUGGCCAUGCUGUGCCCGGGGCAGCGCUGGUAACAGGGCAGGAGGACCCAGCAAGCUGGGGGUGUCGUGCAAGUCUCCUCACCCGCGCACCCACCACGUCAUGGGUGGAGGCAGUACCGACUCGCCCCACCAAGUGCCAUCUGGGCCACAGCAGGUGGGGGUGGCUGCCGUGGCGGGGAGAUGAGGUGAGGCGCACAGGAAGUGAAGUGGGGAGCUGGGCUGCAGGCAACAAAGGCACUGUGCCUCAAGGUGCCCAAGCUGCCCGCCACCACAGACAGUGGAGCUGCACUACACCCCGGUCUCGGUGAGUGCCACUCUGGCCUCCAGACGGCGGAGGAGCCACACCACGUCCUGGCCUCGGUGAGUGCCCAUUCGCCUCCAGCCUGGCCAGGGCCCCAAACUCCUUAGUGCCUUCCUAGGACAGCUGAGGGCUGGAGUCUGGGAGGACUGGGCCCUCUGGUGAGGAAAGCCCACUUGCUGGGCCUGGGCAGACUGGCCCCCACCUCCAGAGACUCCCCACCCCAUAUCUCUGUGUGACCGGACACCUGCUCCCCCCUGCCCCCAAGCAGCUCUGCCAAGACUCCAGGAAGUGGACAUCCAAUGGCAGGGGCAGUGGGAGGGGAAGGGUGGUGAGCCAGGGGGAGAGGGGGAGUCCAUGUUCAGAGCAGCCCCUCCAGCCUGCUUGACCCCCCAGCUUCCCAGUCCCUGAGGGGGCCAGUCUUUAGUGGAUGGCCAAGGGGCACCACCUGGACAGGAGCCAUUCCUGGGCAGGACAUGGCUGUAGGUGAGUCUGUGGCCUGUGGCUUGCCUUCCUGGGGUGUGACCUGGGUCUCAGGUUCCACCUCUAACCACAGGAGGUCCUUGGUCAGGUCCCAGCUGCCCUGCCCCUUCUCACUGGCCCCAUGCUCAGCCAUCACUUGGGUCAUCCUUGCCAACUCAGGUCCUUGUGGGGGCCAGUCAGAACACACCUCACACCAGCAUCCCCCAGGCAGAGGUGGGAAGGUGGGCACCAAGGCUGUGUCCCCUCGGCCUCCGUAGGAGGGAGGGGCUACCGAGAUUGGGGUUUCCUGUGUGCUGAGUCACAGCGCACGGCGGGGAGGGGACCUCCUGGCAGCAUGAGACACAGAAGUGGGGCUAUCAGGUGGGUUCCCAGUCCCUCAGCCUCCAGCACCAGUCUUCAGCUUGCAGGCUCGUCCACAUCUUCAUAGGAUGAGGCAACAGGGGUCCUCGGUCCCUCCUGCUCUCUGGGUCCUAGGGUGCCUCAUGCUACUGCUCUGGCUGUGGGUAUUGUGCACAGCCUGCAACAGGAAGCAGGCACGGAGACAGCUGUCCAGGUUGCAGGGCAGUGCGAUGCCAGCAGAAGUGUCACUGCUAAGACGACCCUACCACUGCUCCCUCAGCAAGUCUGACACCAGGCUGCAUGAACUGCACUGCAGCCAGCCCUGUAGCAGAGCCCCACGGCCUGCCAGCAUGGAUCUCCUACGUCCACAGUACCUGGAGGCAUCCAGAGGCAUGACCAGGCCCCCAGCACCCUUCUCACACCAGGAGCUGCCCCUGGCUGCGCCCUCCACUGGCCUGGAGUCCACCUAUUCCAAUGUGGGGCUGGCAACAAUCCCCAGGGCCAGGCUGGCAGUUAGCUCUGGGGUGUGGGCAGGGGCACGGCUGACCAGCAGCUAUGCCAGGCCUGGGCCUGAGGCCAGACCUGUGGUAGCUGAGUAUGCUUGUGUCCAGAAGCUCAGGGGAACAGAUCGAGGCCCCCAAGGCCUGGGGCAGGGGAAGGUCGAGGCAACCCCACCCACUCAGGUGGACAUCCUGUAUUCCAGGGUCAACAAACCUAAAAGGAGGGACCUAGGACCUGCCACAGACCAGCCAGACCCCAAAGGUGGGGGAGCAAUUUUGGCUCUAGGGAGUGACCCGGCCUAUGAGGUCCUCCCUCUUGGGGGCCUGGGUAUGGACAAGAGCCUCCUGGAAAAUGUGUAUGAGAGCAUCCAGGAGAUGGGAGCAACUCUGGAGCCCCCCAGCUCCAGUUCCUAUCAGGAAAGGACGUGUUCAGGGCACAGAGACACUUCGCUUCCUGUCUAAGCCUGGAGAGGGGUCUUUAUUGCCUCCCUGCUCUGAACACCCAAUUACAGAUGAUCCUUCCUCCAGA